ACGAUAUUACGCUGUGUAAAUAAUUGACCAUACGUGUUUGUUUUAUCUUGUUAUGAGUUUUAUGUAAGAAAAAAAGUAUAGUUUUCCUGCUUAGAGCACACAAAUUUAACUCUGUACUUUGAAAUUAGGUGAAAUUAAACUAUUCGCGUGAAGUGAGUCACAGAGAUUUCGGCUCGCGCGAGCAGCACAACACAUAGCCUGAGAUUGUCGAGCUGAAGAGUCCCGACUCGGAACUUGGUAACAAAAGUGAAAGCGACAUGGACCCUUGAGUUUGCCUCGUCGCUUGGUGAUGGAGGGGCGUGCGGGUUACUGGCGUUAUUUUAUGUGCUGUUCUCAAGGCAACAGUCUGAAGUUCAUGCAUUCACAUGAAGAUAUCUGGUUUUGCACUGGGAAAGCAGAUUCUAGAUGCUCAAGGGGUCGUCACAGCGGACCAUCCAUGAUCCCCAUAUUUGAAUUGGCACAUGAUUUAUGACGGAUACCCUUCCUGACACAACCCACAGUGGCUGGAGGACUCUCACUCACACCUACAGGACAAUUUAAGAGUCUCAAAUUCACUUAACCUGCAUGUUUUUGGACUUGUGGGGGAAACCGGAGCACCCGGAGGAAUCCAUGUCCAAUAAACCAAUUUCAGAAACUUCCUGUGACAAGUCUCUAGCUUUCUUCUUAAGGAGGAAGCGGGAGCCGGUUAAAUAAUCCAAGAAGUCAUUGCAACCCCUGAGUGGACAAUAUCUGGCCUGUUCAUAGGAUCUUCUGUAACUGGUCUUCUAAUCUCUCAGCCUUGACCCUGAGAGAUGACCUCAGUAUUGAUGUCAAGGACAUGCGGGCUAUAUAGGUGCUCAAGGUGCAGUAAGAGAGAGGGGUAAAGAGCCAGGUAAUGGAUCAGAGUAGAGGUGGUACUACCACUGCAGGGGUUCUGGUGUGGACGCCAGCCCCGGCAUACUCCUCUCCCUCAAGCCCAGAUGGGUCGGACUACAGCCUGGAUGAAAAACCGGAUGAGGACUUCCAAAGACAGAUGGAUGAGAAUGGCAUUAUCGGUCUGGCAGAGAGUCAAAGGCAGCUGGAGGUGGAUCAGGAAGUAGAUGAAGAGAUUGCAGAAGACCUGUUGUGGGACGUAAAAUCCCCGGAGCCAGAGGAUGGCCCACUGCCUGCAUUGGAGGAGAUGAGCUAUCACCUGAGUGAGCUGUUAGAUUCUGAGCCCCUCUCCCAGACCAAUGGAGAUGACUCAUUUUUCCAGGAAGAACAGGACAAUGACCGGAGUGUUGGAUUGGAAGACUGGACUGAUGAUGAAGAUGGUACAGAGAACAUAACAAUCCACAAGCAGGAAUUAAAUUCUUUCCCAGAGAGAGACAGAGCGUUAGACAUGACAGAUGAGGAGACGGAGGAAAAAAACACAUGUGAAGAUGCUCAGAGACACAUGAACCAUUCAUUUCCAGAGAACUGCAAUAAUAUCCCAACUUUAGAAAUCACUGAACAUUCUAAACCAAGUGAUUUUGUGGAAUUCAAGAAAAACAAGGGUAGAUUUCUCCCAGCUUCACAUCUGUCCUGUGCAAACACUCCUAAUCCUUCCUUUUUUCCACAUUUGUCCUCAGAAGAGCUGAUGAAUAACUGUGGAAUUGAAGCUGAGACUUUUCCAGAGCUGGCCCUCACUGACAGCAGAGUGAAGUCAUCUCUUAGUGGUCACCAAAGCCCCACCCCUAAAACAUACCACACAGUUAGCUGUAGUGGGGAGGAGCUUAAGUACGAGGUCACACCUCAAACAUCAGCCAGAAGCCCUGUGAUGAAUAUCAGACUUGAAAAAUCUAACAAAGAUGGUAGGAGUGGAGACAAAUUAGACAGAAAGUUGCACAGCUCUGCCCACAAUUGCCAGUCUCCAAUGCCUUCUACCAGAAAAACAAACUGUGGUUCACUGGAGGAUUGUGAGGUUUCCAGUCCAGCACAGCUGAAAGCAAGCAUCAUUCCUUCAAAGUUCUCCCCACCUCCUACACUUUACCGUUCUUUAGCACAAAAGAGCCAAAGAGCCUCAAAAACCUCCUACACGGAUCCAGGUGACAUCAGGAAAGGUCAGCUGAGUCACAACUUACCUGAUUUCUCCAAAGUGGAGCCGAGGGUUCGUUUCCCGAAGAGCGGAUACAAACCUCCCAAAAGUCGUAGAGCUGCUCGUGGCAAAACUUCACAUCUUCCUGUAGUGUUCAAAUCCCCUGCUGAGAUUGUGAAAGAGGUCCUGUUGAGAAACACUGAUGUGUCUCCAGGAAGUCCCUCCUCCUGUGGGAGCCACGAACGUCUGAAGAGCACAGUGCCAGAGGAAUUCCGCUGUCCCCAACAGGCUAGCACACUGGUGCAGCAGUUACAGGAGGACUAUAACAGGCUGUUAACCAAGUAUGCAGAAGCUGAAAAUACUAUCGAUCGUCUUCGCCUGGAAGCUAAGGUGGGUCUUUUCUCUGAUCCUCCCAAACCCAGUACAGCUAUCCUGUCUGGUGUCAUCCAGGAGGGGUUAAAGGUCAUGACCCUCAGCUUUCCACAAGCACAGAGGGCAGAGUUUGGUGCAGGCUCUGCUCAACUGACACAAAAUAAUUCAGAAAUCUCCAGAAAACCCUCCUCUCGCCCCUCAUCUGUGGACUCUGGCUCUUCCAGGAGGCUUGGAUCUAUGACUUCUGACCAUCUCAUUGAGACUCUGACCAAACAGACUCACAGAUUUCAGCUACAGGUUAAUGCUUUUGAAAAGCUUCUGAAGAAUGGCAAACUAAAGCCAUGUGAACAAAUAAAGGGUGUCUCCAUGCUGGCUGAGGGACAGGAGUCUCUGGAAAGGGCUUACCUGGACGCACGAUCCCAGUAUCAGAUACUGCAGCAAAGACAAGGCGGGCCUGUGCACUUUGACCCAGACAGGGAACUAGAGGAUCAGAUCUUCAGAUCGGGGAUGCAUUUGGAGGAGCUUAGGGAGUGGGUGAAGCAAUUAGAACAGAACCGAUCCAUCUCAGAAUGUCCUUUAACUUUGACCCCUCACACAGACAUACUCUCUGAGUCUAUGCAUGAGGCUGAACUGUUACCUGAGAGCCCAUUGUCAGCUGUUCAUCCUCAGGCUUGCAUGGGUGUUGAAGUGAGUUCAGUUAGUGGAGAGAGUGAUGUAGACCGAGAGGAAGACGAGAUUCUUCCAUCUCUUCUUCAUCCUCUCUAUGACAAACACCAGUGUGUGGAGAAAGAUUUCAGUAAUCUCAUGGACUGUUACCAGAGUUUUAAAGAGCUCCCCAGCCUUCUGGACAGAAGUGUACCCUUAACGAGCCAUGAUUCUCUGGAUUUUGGAGACUCUCCUUCUCCCAGAAAUGAGACUGCAGUGGACAGACAGCGACUCCGGUCUACCAAUGAGAGAGAGACAACCAUAACUGCUCUGCUGCAGCCAGCAGCAGAUUGUGUCCCUCCCUCUGUCCCAUCUGUCAGGUCACAGGUGUGUGACUCUAUGGAAACUCGCUCAGAUGCUCUUUGCCACCCCUCACUGUUGCCAGGGCAACCGGGCAGAGAGAGGAAAAUGGUAGGAAACAGGAAUACUCACAGCAGCAGCCUGACCAGCCUGGCAGAGAGCACAGAGCCUGGAAAUAAGGGCUUGAAAGUAAAGCAGAAGGCCGCUAGACCGUCCCCUCUGGAUGGGGUUGUGUCUCCAGAAACAGACAGUGGGUUUAUGGGCUCUGAAAGCACUCAGCUCACUCCUGCAGUUCAUAAUCCACUCCAGCAGAGGGCAGUAGUGAGUUCCAUUAAGCCACCUGGUCCACACAUGAAGAACAAAGUAAGGCCAGAGUCCACUCCUCCCUCUGGGCAGUCUUCAGGGAUUUCCCCAUCCCGCUCGCAUCCCUUUCUGGUUCCCCCAGUAGAGCAAUUUAGGGCAUCUGGAGGACGGACAGAUCCUGUUAAGAGGAGAGGAAGGGAGGAAAGUUGUUCUGCUACCAGCCUUUCUACCUCUAUCUCCCCCCUUCAUUGGCCUGAUUGCACUCUACAGCCCUUGGCGAGCAGCCUGACCAGCCAAUCAGAGCAUAGCAGUGACCAGGUCCAUUCCUUAUCAGGGGAAAAGGCAUGGAAUAGCUGCUACACACAGCCAGCCAAUCAGCAGCUCAGCUCUCACAGAAUCCCCUCUCUCCAUGUGCCCUAUCACCACGGCAACCACCUUAAAGCCCAAAGUUCUGUCCAGCUAACAAAUCACCAAGAGGCUCUUCAGUUGCUACAGCAGGAAAUGAACAUACUGAAAGAGAGACUAGAGGGAAGUCCAAGGCAUUCAAACCUUUCCAGUCCUAUUAGAGUGUCCCCAUCUGCCACGGAGGACAUCAGGGAUCACACACACCCACUGACCUCCACACCUCAGUGGCAUGGUUUAAGGCAUUUGGAGAAAUCAGUGAUCAGCAAGCAUAAGGAGAGAGGGAGGAAUAUAGAGAAAGAGAAAAAAGAGAGAGAAAGCACACCAAGACCUGCCGUGAGGCAGAGAUCAUCUUUACCUCGGUAUCGACCUAAAACGGAUCUGACAGCAGCUGACUCAGAGCACACCCACUCUGAGCCAAGAUCAUUAAUAUUAAGACACAUACCGGUGUCACCCAUAAAAUCAUCAAGAGGAAGAAGACAAACCAGAGCAGGUUUUGGACAUCUCUUGGAAGACUCUACCAGGCAGCAGGCUGGCUCAUCUGCGGGCAGAUCAGAUGAGAGUGAUGAAAAAGAAUCGAGCCGAGGGCCAGAACCUGCCUGCCCACACUGCUUGUCAGCACAUACUGCUGCCUCUACACGACCAAUGAGGAGCAGAAGUUCACCACGUCUCACCCAGUCUUAUUGUAGCCAUUGUCCGUUGUGCGGUGCUUUACAGCCCAGUCAAACCAGAGCUCAACAACCAGCAAAUCAGGACCCAGUCUCCAUCCCCACAAGGAAUCAGCCUUUGAGAUCUCAGCAGAGGGACAGAAUAAGCGUGAACAUGGCAGUGGCUCCUCCCCCUACAGUGCUAGGUGGUGUUCCUGUUGUCCCAUAUGUGCCAGUCUAUCCUUCAACUCUUUACUUUUCCAGCCCGACAGCAACACAGGCCUACUUACAACCCUUUAACAUCUCAAUGAGUCACUCUAGAGAUGAAAGGUCGGGGGACAGAGGUCAUCGCAGACGCUCUUUCUCCAUGGACCAUCAACAGCGUUCUCUUAGCAGCUCUCUAAAUCGUGCCCUAACUGAAGCCAGGAACAUGAGACGGGUCUCGAAUCACAUGGCCCACUCUCUGGCCUCAGGACUGCAGAACACAAGCUUCCUCACCACAUCCUGCAUCUACUGAAUCUUACGUUAACAUUUAUUCAUUAAGCGCAGAUGCGUUCAUAAUAAUACGACAGCUAUCUCUCUGCUUCACAGUUGUGUUUCAUGACAGAAGUGAUAUGUGUUCAUUAUUAUUAGUUUACAUAUAAAGUAGUUUGACUGUGAUGGGCAGACAUGCACACUCUGACAUGGGAAUCUAAUGUGAAAUGUCUCAGGUGAAGUACUGCCUUACAAAAUGGUAGCUGCAUUAUGGCAGCUGCAACAUUCCACAAAUGUUUGUACAUAACAUUGGCUCAAAAAAUGUUUGGACACUUAAGCCACAUUUAUUGGCAAUUUGCUCUGAUUAUGAUUAGUUAUGUGCAUUAGUUGACAGAAGUUUUUUCUGUUUUGUAAUGCUUAUUUUAUUGUUUGUCUGAUGAUUUAAAGACACGGUUAGAGCGGGCAUCUUCAGGAAAGUGCCUCUCCAAAAUAAAUGUCAAAGACAUAACAUUUUACUUAAUUGUACUCUUUUGUAAAUUUCAAUGUAAAAGAAAAAAAUGAGUAGUUUAAGAUCAAUUUAAUGAUUUUGUGUUUUAUAUUUAUAGAGCUGUAAUUUUAUACAUUUGCUACUAUAAAAUUAGUCUAUAAUGUUCCAUUACAUGUGUUUGACUUUGUGUAUUUAAAAAUAAGGAAUUGGAUCUUUGUUUCUUAUGACCGUCUCAUUGCUGCAGGUGUUUGUGUGUAGAUAAAGUGGUGAGAGCCAGUUACAUUCAUUAUUGCGCAUUCAGAACUCAGUGAUAAAGGUUGGUGGCUAAUCCAACAGUCCAUGCCACAAAAUCACACAAAUUUCCAUACAAAUCAUUCUUUUUGUUCAGUAAAUGUAUGCAACUAGUUUUACCAGAAUACACUGCCGCUAAUUCAGUUUGGGAUCAGAGCCAUAAAGGAAGCCACUUACGGUGCAUGGAACAAAAAUGUACUGAUUCCAUAUUUGUAAUGGAAGCCAAUUUAUUAGACAGCCGUAGUACAUCGGUAUACUUUAUACAUGAAGUAAACUUCAGUUUGUGCUUCAACACUCGCAAACAUAGAAUCCCAGUAAGUUCAAUAGGUUUAAGACUACGUUCUUAUUUAUUGAUAUUCUCUGAAAAAUAAAUUUAAUAGAAAUCAAUUCAGUAGACACAGUGAGCGUUAUACAACAGCAAACCAAAAUAAGGUAAUAAAUAAAAAAUAGAGAGAGAACCAUAUAAGCGUUUGCAUCACAGAAAACGCAUAGUGCAAUAUACAACCUGUCUGCCAGAAGAGUAAAGAGGAAACCGAAAUGUGCAAAAGGGGGUUGCAUUUGCAAAGCCAUCCAACAGUGGAAGAUAUAACAUUGCACCAUAAAUAAUCAGACAUACAAACAAAAGAUAGAUAUUACCUAUUUUUUCCCAGUUUAUCACUAGAGCUACAGCUAAAAGGUCAGAAACACAGUGGCUUUACAUUGGCAAAGGAAGGUUUUACUACUUCACAGUUAGAAAUUUGCACCAAUCAACAGCUGAGACAAAAAAAAACAGUAACAUAUGGCAUAUAUAACAACACGCUACUCAGUGCAUGGCCCAGUUAAACACUGUUUACUAACCAACGAUAAAGACUAAAUCUGACAAGAUACAAUACUGAAGCACAACUGGCCCUUUUUUUUUAAUUCCUUAAACAUUUGCGAGCAACAGCCUUCUUGACACUAAACCAUGAAGUCUCUGCAGAAUGAGACAUGAAAAUAAAAGGAUGCAGAGAUAAAAUGCUCCCAAAAUCGUGACUGAAGGAAGGUGACGUCCACUAUCUAUGUACAGUGUCUCUUUCACUUUUUACUCCUUUGUUUCCUUCAUCUUCACCACUGAAGUCCCAGAAGAUGCUUAUUAUUUCAUUUUUACACAUCUUAACACAGGUUUUCAUUAUUUAUUUAUUUUUCAAAAGGGAAACAUAGUAAUGUCCGUAGCAUGCACACCUAAAAUGAGACCACAUCUAAACCCAAAGCGUCUAAACUGUGCAGCAGUUUAGUCUUCAGCAUAGGAAGUGAUAUGCGUAAUCUUACCUCACUGGUUCAUUUGCAUACAAACCAGUCCCACCCCCACCCACCAUUAAA